AUGACAUCCAAAUUACUGAGGGAGAGUUCUGCUUCUGCAACACAGAGGGCAUCAGGGAAGUUCAAGGUAGUAAAGACAAACGGAAUAGAAAAUUCUGAAGAAGAUCAAGCAGAUGCUUUCUUCCUUGUGGGCUACACUGCUGCUGCCUUUGCCAGUGCCCUUGCCAAGUUUCCUCAACUGGCUGGAGGUCAAGGUGAAGUCCUAGACCUUCACACCUCUCAUGUCCCACAGACCAAUCCCCGUCCACUUGCAAACCUCAAUGAAAAAAAUGGGGUGUGGGAUCUGUCUUCCUUAUUGACCACCAAGGAGCUGAACAAUAACAUCCAGGCAGUAUCUAGAAUCCAGGAUGGCCUGGGAGAAUUGAAAAAACUCCUGGAGACUCACAUUCAUAAUCAGUGUAUUGCGGCAAUUGAAAAGUGUGGAGAAGCUGCUUUAAAUGACCCCCAAAUGUAUAUACAGACAGUGUUGGAUGUUCAUAAAAAAUACAACGCCCUGGUGAUGUUGGCAUUCAACGACAAUGCUGGCUUCGUGGCUGCGCUGGAAAAGGCUUGCAGUCGCUUCAUAAACAACAAUGCAGUUACCAAAAUGGCUCAGUCGUCCAGUAAAUCUUCCGAGUUGCUGGCUGGAUACUGUGACUCCUUGUUGAAGAAGGGGUCCAAGAACCCAGAAGAAGCAGAACUAGAAGACAUGUUCAACCAAGUGAUAGCGGUCUUCAAGUAUAUAGAGGACGAGGACGUGUUUCAGAAGUUCUACGCAAAGAUGCUGGCAAAAAGGCUUGUUCAUCAGAACAGGGUGAGUGAUGAUGACGAAGCAAGCACGAUCUCUAAGCUAAAGCAAGCUUGCGGUUUUGAGUUUACCUCUAAACUUCAGCAGAUGUUUCAAGACAUGGGUGCAAGCAAAUAUUUGAAUGAGCAGUUCAAAAAGCUCCUGACAAAUUCAGAGCCGCUGGGCUUGGAUUUCAGUAUUCAAGUUCUGAGCUCCGGAUCAUGGCCUUUUCAGCAGGCCAGUACGUUCGCCUUGCCGUCGGAGCUGGAACGGAGUUAUCAGCGCUUCACAGCGUUUUACGCCAGUAUCUGUCACAGUAGCAGAAAAUUGACGUGGUUAUAUCAACUGUCUGAAGGAGAAUUAGCAACAAACUGCUUCAAAAACAGAUACACCUUGCAGGCAUCUACAUUCCAGAUGGCCAUCCUGCUCCAGUACAACACAGAAGACGCGUACACCGUGCAGCAGCUGAUGGACAGCACCCAGAUCAAAACGGACGUUUUUGCACAAGUCCUACAGAUUUUAGUGAAGUUGAAGUUACUGGUCUUGGAAGACGAAAAUACACAAGUUGAUGAGAUGGAAUUGAAGCAAGAUACCUUAAUAAAAUUAUAUCUUGGUUAUAAAAACAAGAAAUUAAGGGUUAACAUCAAUGUGCCAAUGAAAAUGGAACAGAAGCAGGAACAAGAAACCACACACAGAAACAUAGAGGAAGAUCGUAAACUACUGAUCCAGGCGGCUCUCGUGAGAAUUAUGAAAAUGAGGAAGGUUCUAAAACACCAGCAGUUACUUGGAGAAGUACUGACUCAGCUCUCCUCAAUAUUCAAGCCUCGGGUCCCAGUAUUUAAGAAAUGCAUUGACAUUCUGAUCGAGAAAGAAUAUUUGGGGCUUCCCUGGUGGCGCAGUGGUUGAGAGUCCGCCUGCCGAUGCAGGGGACGCGGGUUCGUGCCCCGGUCCG